AUGGCCGACCAAGCGUGUCCAUCGUCAUCGUCUUCAACGCAAAACAAUCUGGUGCAACAGUUAUGUAGGCUUGUAGAAAACCUACAUAAACAAAAUAACACCACGCAAAGACGGGCAGAUACCCGAGAUAAUAGGCCUGAAACCGUUGGGGAAGCCAUAAGUAGAUUAUUUCCAAGCGUAAAUGGUAGAUCGAAUAAUUCAAGUGCUCAGGUUACAACAACCCAAGGCGAAGCAAGCGGCACCAGCAGUGGUAAUCAUAAUGGGGCUUCAAACAGUGUACCUCGUUUUGAACCACAACAGGGCGCACCGAAACAAGGGAAACGAAAAAAGCCGUACUCUAAGAAAAAAUCCUCUGGAUCCGCUGGAGUAAUGAAGGAUAUCAUACUGCUGCCAAAUCCCAGGAUGAAAUUGUUGCCACGUGGUCGUAUUAGAGAAGAGCUAUAUGUUCGAGGAUUUGUCACGACAGCCGUCAACUUACAUCACCAAUGAAAUGACCGCUUCGGAAAUUGAAGGGCACUUUGCAACCUUGUUUUCAAAUAAACUGAAAGGAAGACCUUUCAACUUUGUGAGGGCUGUUGGGAACAAAAUCGUCGAUGUUAAUCUGGCCCAAGGAAUCACAGGAAAAAUUUUAAAGCACAUAUGUGGACAAGGUCCAGUGUAUUUGCGUUGUGUUCGACCCACAGAUACAGAAUACGCAUGGGUUGAAGAGGAAGAAGAUUCAGAAGAUGAUGGUAUUGAUGGGGUUGAUGAAGGUGAGAGGGGAUUGGACGAUCUUCCCGAAAGUGGUUUGGGUGGUGGCAGUCAUACCGUGUCUACUCCAGUUACAGCUCAUAGUGCCAAUGUGGUGCAAGUAGAUGAUAAUGUGACUAGUCGGUCAAACACGUUGAACAGUGUACGAAAUACUGAUAUUUUGCAAUAUUUUUCCACCCCAGCAUCGAGUACAUCCAAUCAGUCACUGGUUGGUAGUGUAGCUUGCCCUACAUGUCAUGUGCAAUUCCCAGUUAGGGAAAUUGAACAGCAUGCUGACCAAUGCUGUGAAAGAGUUUCCUCUGAGGCCUCUCUCUAUGAGACAUGGGUUCUUAAUCCAAUAGACCUCACAGGUGAGAAUAUACUAUUACUUUUUAGUGUUUUAUAUAAAUAAUGCAUGUACAGUAUGUGUGUAUAUACGAUAUUGGAGUAAUGGGGUGUACAUGCCGCAAUGUAAAUAUGUAUUUAAACUAUUCAGGUGACGAUGAUGUCAUGGCCGAGGAAGACAAGGAUAGCCAACAUGUGAAUGAUAUGCAGACUGACACAGCCACUACUUCAAAAGAGCUUAUACAAAAUCUUGCAUUGAAUAUACCAAGUGCUACUCAGCUGAUAUCUGUUCGCCGCAAAUUUCUGUGGGAUGAUUAUGUGACUUGUAGGAAGAAAUCAUGGUUCAAGACAUAUGCAUGGUUGCGAGUUCAUUUCGUUGGUGAAGAGGCAGUGGAUGGUGGUGGGCCUCGUCGGGAAUUCUUUACUGGUAAAUAUGGCAACAGUGAAUAUGGACUCUUUAUAUAUAUAGGCCAAAUAAAGACUGUAGACUGACAGUCAAAAGCUGGUUUUUAAAUAAAAUUUACAAUCAGGUCCAUGGGCCAAAAAUUAAUAUGAAUAAUCCUGGUCGUGCGUCUAUCAUUUUUAAUCUAUAAAACAGAUUUAUUGAAUAAGGCGUAAAAAAAUACCUGUGGUUCUGGUUUCAUAUUGCGAAAAAAUUAGGGUUGGUAGGUCGGAAAUAAUUUUUUUUUGAAUAUUUUUUUCAUGGUUUUUUUCAAUAAUUAGUGUGACAACAGACUGACACCAUUUUGGCAGUAGCCCGCAACCACCUGGAGAAAAUAGUGUCACACGGUCAAUCGCGUUGCAAAAAUAAUAGGGUCGGCCGGCAGUGUGACCAGAUUUGGUAAUUUUAAUUACUUUUGGUAAUAUUUCGCGAUUUUUCUGACUUUUUUGGUAAUUGAAAAUUUUUGGUAAUUAUUUUUUUAGUAAUUUCUCUUAAACAUGAAAUUCAACCAAAUACACCAUAAUGUAACAACCUGUUAUUCAAAAAUUCAAUGAGAACAGUUGCAGGUCCAUGCUUGCAAAGCUGUACAUCCAAAUUGCAAGCUUCUGGCCCAAGCUGUCCAGCUGAAUGGAGGAAAUCCUGCUGAUCACCACUCACCCUAUGCUGGUUGCGGGCUUAAGGACCCGGGGCCCGGGCCCAAUCAUGGCAGCAUCAUAUUUGCAUUUUGCACAAUUGCAACCAAAAAGUACAAGUGAGAAAGAAAAACAUGGAAAAAACAUAGUUUCAGUGAUGGAAAGCGUUUUACUGAUUUUGUUCUGCUGAGAUGUUUUAUUGAUUUUCAGACCACUUUGGUUGACAGCGGAAAUUUAGUAAUUUUUUCUACGUUUUGGUAAUUUUUUGCAUGCUUAUUUAGUAAUUGCCUUGCACAAUAUCUUGUCACACUGUCGGUCGGGAACCACAGGUACUAUUUUUACGCCUAAGUGUUACCACGUACGUAGAGGAAAUUUUGUUGAUUGAAGAACACUUCAAGAAACCUGGAUGGAAUUUUUUGGCAAGUACUGUAGAAGCAAAAAAAAAUUAAAAAACAAAGAAAUCUGGAAGGAAAUUUUCAGUUUCGCAAGCAGAAACAAAGAAAAAACAUGGAAAUUUUAAUUUUAAAAAUAUAUAAGUUGAAGCACAUAGUCAUCAUAUAUUUGAGUGAAUGUUAUUUAGUACGAUUAUAUUUACAAUUCAAAUUUAAAUGCUUGGUGGUGUGGUAUAAAAUGGCCAAUUGGCAAUUUUAUACCACCAAUCUCUCAUCCAAAAAUCAAAUCCUAAAAUAAAGUAAAGGCAAGUGUUUGAGCCAAAAUAUUUAAAUUCUUGUUUAUAUCAGAUAAGAAGUCCCAUCUUAAUCUUGACCAAGAAUUUUUAACUAACUUUUGUGUAUCAGAAACACAGUUUCCGCUGUAUAAACUCAUAAAAAAAAUGUUGUUAUACGCUGUAUAAACUCAGGAGGAAUUAAUCCUACUGAUUCAAAAUUUUUGGUGAACACUCGUAAUAAUGAUAUAAACAACAUUUAAAACGUCUACUGGAAUUGUGUAUUUGUUUUAUUUUAGAAAUGCUGGAUGCAAUAGAAACCCGUCUUUUUGUUGGCGACCCAGAGACUUUCCAGAUUGAUAACCAGACAGCAAGAGUUCCAUAUGAUAGUACACUUGCAAUGACCAGUGGCCACUUUCAAAUUGCUGGAGAACUUAUGGCAGCUUCCAUUGUCCAGGGUGGUCCUGCGCCAGAUUUUUUGGCUGAAUGGGUAUACAAGUAUCUUUCAUCAGGGAUAGAAGGAAUUACGGUUGAUGAAAGCAAGAUUGAAGAUCAAUCAGUUAGACAACUUAUAACAAGAGUAAGUAUAUUUUUUAUCUUAUUUUACCAGAUGAUUACAUUGAAAUAGAAUAAAAAAUAUUUAUUCAGAAAUAAUAAAAUCUCUAUGCAUAUCUUUAUAUGUAUGUAUAUAUUAUGUCUACGCAUAAAAUACCAUCUCACAAACUGUAGGUUUCAUUAUUUUGUGAUUAACCCAUUAAGCGGUAGUGCACUCAAAUAUGCCAGAUGUAUUUUACUCUAAUGCAAGAUUAUUUUACUUCUAGACUAUUUUAUUUUGCUUGCAUGGGCUACCGCACCAUACUCCACUUUUCAUUUUUGUUUAAAAAGACUGCGGGAUCAUUGUGUUUCAUUCUUCUAUUUGUGGUUACAAACAGUAGACUCAGACAAAAAGUUUCAAGAUUUGCUUAUGCAAGACAAUGUUUUGGACCAACUUUCCAAAAUUGGAUAUAGAGGUGUGCCUCAUAGAGAAUCAUUGAAAAAUAAACCAUCCCUGAUAAGGUAUGCUAUAUGGACACUGUGAUAUAUUGUUUAUAAAUUAACGUUUGAUCUAGUUAUUACUUUCAUAAAGUGUGUGGCAAUUACUGGUUAAACCAAACUAGGACAAUUGCAUACAAAAAUCACUAUUGCAUACACGCUUUAUGUUAGUAGUAAAUUUGCGAGUUGUUUUUUUUUGUAGAUCUUUAUUUAUCAAGUAUUAUCUGACACCGAAAUUACCUAUGCUCGAUCAACUAGCAGAAGGCUUGAAGUUGUUUGGCGUGUUGGAACUGAUAAAAAAGCACGAGAAUGAAAUGAGACAAGUUUUUACUCACAGUGCCAGCAGCAUCAUCACAGAUGAUCGAUGAUCGAUCUUCUCAAGCCUAUUUACGAUGAUAACACCCAAAGGAAAGAAAUAGAGAUUAACACAUACAAAGCUAUGUGUGACUUUGUGCAGGAACUACAUCACAAAGGUUUGUUUUAAGACUAAGUGUUUUCAUAUAGUACUGUAUAUACUGUUCAAAUGCCAUCUUAAUUUGAGCAAUAAAAAUACUUUAAACCCAUGACAAGUAGAAUGUAAGUUAUAUACAUUUGUGUCUAUUUCUUUUCUGUUUAUACCUUAGGAAUACCAGAAUGUGAUUUAGCAGUUGGGGAUUUGCUCAAGUUCAUCACAGGGGUGAGAAAAAUACCUGCAUUGGGUCUCCCCAAACAGAUUGCAAUUUACUUUAUUCAUGAAUGUGAUCAGGUGAAAUGCAAAUGCAGACCCAAGGCAUCUACCUGUGACUUGCAUCUUCGAUUGCCUGUACACUACCAAACUGCUGAGGAUAUGAUUGCAGCAUGGAUGUCUGCUCUGAAAGAGUGCAAAGGAUUUGGGCACCUUUAA